AUGCUGCUGGAAGACAUGCUUAAUCACCAAACAAAGAUCCCAACUGAGUGGCACACCUCCAUUCGUGAAGUUGGUCAGAAAUUUGAUAGUGCUGCUGAAGUUAGAUUAGCACUUCAAUACUAUUCAAUUGCUAAACAGUUCGAGUAUGAAUCCAUGGUGCAUGCAACUAAUCCAGGGAGUCGUGUUAUUAUUGAUGCUGAUGAUGGGAGGUUCAGGCGAUUGUUCAUUAGUUAUAAUGUCUGUAUUGAAGGGUUCAUUGCUGGGUGUAUGCCUCUAUUGUUUUUGGAUGGAAUAUUUAUUAAAGAUCGUUACAGAGGCAUACUACUUAGCGUUACCGGGGAAAAUCCUUACCAACCUCCACAUCGACUGGUAAUGAUUUCAGACGCUGACAAGGGUAUCAGGGCAGCAGUCGAGGAAUUCUUUCCAGAUGCAUUCCAUUCAAGGUGUGUUCUGCAUCUAGUUGAGAAUUUCAAAAAGAAGAUGAAGGAUUUUGGGCACAACACAAAUGUCGUUACUACGUUGGGCGAUCUGUUACAAUCUGCGGCUUAUAAGUUCACAAUAUCUGAAUGGGAUAAUAACAUGAAAGAAUUGGCAACGAUCGAUCACAGGGCUUACGUCACUAUAAUGGAAUACUCCCCGGAUAGAUGGGCAAAUGCGCAUUUUCCUGGUAUAAGGUAUGGCCAUGUUACUUCAAACGUUGCUGAGUCCUUCAACAGCUGGAUAAGAAAGGCACGAUUGUUGCGAAUCUUACCUUUGGUUGAGACCAUACAGAAGCAAAUAAUGGAGCACAUGCAUGAAAGGAGGCUAGUGGGUCAGAAAUGGUCUGGAUACUUAUGCCCGGAAGCGGAGAUGGUGCUGAGUGAUAAUAUUCAGCAUGGUAGCUGCUUGGCGAUUAAACAUUCGACGGAAGAUAUUGUGGAGGUCGAGUCCAAUAAAACUUGCCGUGUAGAUUUGAAGAAUCGGACUUGUUCUUGCAAGUCCUGGGACAUCACCUGCAUUCUUUGCAAACAUGCGUGCGCUGCAAUUACAUGGAUGGGAUGA